AUGGUGCUGGUCUUCAAACAACGUCUUAAAAGCAUUUUUGUAGCAAAACUUAACAGGGGUAUGCUACAUUGCUAUGCAGUGCUGAAAGGAAGAGUUACGAAAGACCUAGAGGACAAGGUGAGAAGGAGAAUGACACACCACAACGUGAUUGUGAGUGCAAAUGGUGAUGAAUACCAGUUCAACAUAGACACCCAAUCAUCAAUUGUGCCCAAUGUCAAGAUGCUGUAUGUCGAGGAGUUUAGCAGCAGGAUACUGGCCCAUCUUGAUGGCUUAGAGGAGGGUCUGUCUAUGCUAGGCGAGCUUGCCAAUGACCAUCGUCUGGAUUACUUGAGAAAUGAUGUCUUGCGGGCCGAGGAUUUUGAAAGCAUCGAACCAAAGCCGUGGAAGGAAAUAUCUGACGUUUUAGACGAGCACAUCAAAGUUGGAUGCGAAAUAUAUUGCUUAGGAGAUUACUAUGACGACGAGCAGAGCAGAACCCACAUUCCCCAUGGACUAGUUCUACGACAGCAGCACGAAUAUCUCCCUCCCAGAGGCAUACACGAUGCACAUAUGAACCAAGGGACUCCCCUCACUAUGCCACAAUGCAGACAUAAUGGAGUCUACCAGGAUGGGGCAGUACUCAUAAGAACUGCCGAUAACAAGAUGAAGGGUCUGUUUUUCGUGUUUACAUCACAGUCCCUACGCACCGAUGAAUCUGGCAACCCAAUUACUAAUAAAUGA